AUGGGUUACAACACAGAGGGGACCGAGUGGCCCGCUGACAAUGUGACACCCUCAGUCAAAGCUCUAAUUGACAGGUUUUUCAAUCUGCUCGACAACACUGGAUCCGACGUGGGCAACAUAUUAGCUGAUGAAAUAUUUGCUAAAGAUGCAGUGGCACAAUUUGGAAUGCACACUUUCGAAGGGUCCGAGCAGAUUCGCAAAAGUCGCGACAACGCCUGGACUUUGUUCACAGCACGCCAGCAUCGAGUCCUCAGAGUGUAUACUCACGACAAAGAAGGCACUGAUUUGCUCUUCAUCGGCCAUGUUGCCAUGGACCUCAAGAACGGCAAGCAUGUUGCUGGGGAGUUUACAGGCCGAUUUACGAUUGCCGACGCGAGUUCGCCUUCACCCCAGCUGAAAUCAUACGCAAUCUGGGCGGACUCUGGUCCGCUCCUAAAGGCACUUCAGGGCAACUAG